UUGGGCGUGGCCUCGCCCGCACUUGGAAAGGCGGGGGCGUGGCCCGUGUCGGAGCGCCGAGGCUCUGGGCCUGCGCGCGCGGGAGUCAGGGGUCACGGCGGCGUAGGCUGUGGCGGGAAACGCUGUUUGAAGCAGGAUGGAUGGCAAGCGGCGGCCAGGCCCAGGGCCCGGGGUGCCCCCAAAGCGGGCCCGUGGGGGCCUCUGGGAUGAUGAUGACGCACCUCGGCCAUCCCAAUUCGAGGAGGACCUGGCACUGAUGGAGGAGAUGGAGGCAGAGCGCAGGCUGCAGGAGCAGGAGGAGGAGGAGCUGCAGUCAGUCCUGGAGGGGGUUGUAGACGGGCAGGUCCUACCAUCAGCCAUAGAUCCUCGCUGGCUUCGGCCCACGCCACCAGCCCUGGACCCCCAGACAGAGCCCCUCAUCUUCCAACAGUUGGAGAUUGACCAUUAUGUGGAUGGAGUCUCGCUCUUGUUGCCCAGGCUGGAGCGCAGUGGCACACUCUUGGCUCACUAUGACCUCCGCCUCCUGGGUUCAAGCGAUUCUUCUUCCUCAGCCUCCCAAGUAGCUGGGAUUACAGGCCCAGCGCAGCCUGUGCCUGGCGGGCCCCCACCUUCCCACGGCUCCGUGCCUGUGCUCCGUGCCUUCGGGGUCACCGAUGAGGGGUUCUCUGUCUGCUGCCACAUCCACGGCUUCGCUCCCUACUUCUACACCCCAGCGCCCCCUGGUUUCGGGCCCGAGCACCUGGGUGACCUGCAACGGGAGCUGAACUUGGCCAUCAGCCGGGACAAUCGCGGGGGGAAGGAGCUGACUGGGCCGGCCGUGCUGGCCGUGGAGCUGUGCUCCCGAGAGAGCAUGUUUGGGUACCACGGGCACGGCCCCUCCCCGUUCCUGCGCAUCACCCUGGCGCUGCCACGCCUCGUGGCCCCGGCCCGCCGUCUCCUGGAACAGGGCAUCCGUGUAGCAGGCCUGGGCACGCCCAGCUUCGCGCCCUACGAGGCCAACGUCGACUUUGAGAUCCGGUUCAUGGUGGACACGGACAUCGUCGGCUGCAACUGGCUGGAGCUCCCAGCCGGGAAAUACGCCCUGAGGCUGAAGGAGAAGGCUACGCAGUGCCAGCUGGAGGUGGACGUGCUGUGGUCUGAUGUGGUCAGUCACCCACCGGAAGGGCCGUGGCAGCGCAUUGCACCCUUGCGCGUGCUCAGCUUCGAUAUCGAGUGCGCCGGCCGCAAAGGCAUCUUCCCUGAGCCUGAGCGGGACCCUGUCAUCCAGAUCUGCUCGCUGGGCCUGCGCUGGGGGGAGCCAGAGCCCUUCCUACGCUUGGCGCUCACCCUGCGGCCCUGUGCCCCCAUCCUGGGUGCCAAGGUGCAGAGCUACGAGAAGGAGGAGGACCUGCUGCAGGCCUGGUCCACCUUCAUCCGUAUCAUGGACCCUGACGUGAUCACCGGUUACAACAUCCAGAACUUUGACCUUCCGUACCUCAUCUCUCGGGCCCAGACCCUCAAGGUACAAACGUUCCCUUUCCUGGGCCGUGUGGCCGGCCUUCGCUCCAACAUCCGGGACUCUUCGUUCCAGUCCAAGCAGACGGGCCGGCGGGACACCAAGGUGGUCAGCAUGGUGGGCCGCGUGCAGAUGGACAUGCUGCAGGUGCUGCUGCGGGAGUACAAGCUCCGCUCCUACACGCUCAAUGCCGUGAGCUUCCACUUCCUGGGCGAGCAGAAGGAGGACGUGCAGCACAGCAUCAUCACCGACCUGCAGAAUGGGAACGACCAGACCCGCCGCCGCCUGGCUGUGUACUGCCUGAAGGAUGCCUACCUGCCACUGCGGCUGCUGGAGCGGCUCAUGGUGCUGGUGAACGCCGUGGAGAUGGCGAGGGUCACUGGCGUGCCCCUCAGCUACCUGCUCAGUCGUGGUCAGCAGGUCAAGGUUGUAUCCCAGCUGUUGCGGCAGGCCAUGCACGAGGGGCUGCUGAUGCCCGUGGUGAAGUCAGAGGGUGGUGAGGACUACACGGGAGCCACUGUCAUCGAGCCCCUCAAAGGGUACUACGACGUCCCCAUCGCCACCCUGGACUUCUCCUCGCUGUACCCGUCCAUCAUGAUGGCCCACAACCUGUGCUACACCACGCUCCUGAAGCCCGGAGCUGUGCAGAAACUGGGACUGACUGAGGAUCAGUUCAUCAGGACGCCCACCGGGGACGAGUUUGUGAAGACCUCAGUGCGGAAGGGGCUGCUGCCCCAGAUCCUGGAGAACCUGCUCAGCGCCCGGAAGAGGGCCAAGGCCGAGCUGGCCAAGGAGACAGACCCCCUGCGGCGCCAGGUCCUGGAUGGACGGCAGCUGGCGCUGAAGGUGAGCGCCAACUCCGUAUACGGCUUCACUGGCGCCCAGGUGGGCAAGUUGCCGUGCCUGGAGAUCUCACAGAGCGUCACGGGGUUCGGACGUCAGAUGAUCGAGAAAACCAAGCAGCUGGUAGAGUCUAAGUACACAGUGGAGAAUGGCUACAGCACCAGCGCCAAGGUGGUGUAUGGUGACACCGACUCCGUCAUGUGCCGAUUCGGCGUGUCCUCGGUGGCUGAGGCGAUGGCCCUGGGGCGGGAGGCCGCGGACUGGGUGUCAGGUCACUUCCCGUCACCCAUCCGGCUCGAGUUUGAGAAGGUCUACUUCCCAUACCUGCUUAUCAGCAAGAAGCGCUACGCGGGCCUGCUUUUCUCCUCCCGGCCCGACGCCCACGACCGCAUGGACUGCAAAGGCCUGGAGGCCGUGCGCAGGGACAACUGCCCCCUCGUGGCCAACCUGGUCACUGCCUCACUGCGUCGCCUGCUCAUCAACCGAGACCCUGAGGGCGCGGUGGCCCAUGCACAGGACGUCAUCUCGGACCUGUUGUGCAACCGCGUCGACAUCUCCCAGCUGGUCAUCACCAAGGAGCUGACCCGCGCGGCCUCCGACUACGCUGGCAAGCAGGCCCACGUGGAGCUGGCCGAGAGGAUGAGGAAGCGGGACCCCGGGAGUGCGCCCAGCCUGGGCGACCGCGUCCCCUACGUGAUCAUCAGUGCCGCCAAGGGUGUGGCCGCCUACAUGAAGUCGGAGGACCCGCUGUUCGUGCUGGAGCACAGCCUGCCCAUCGACACGCAGUACUACCUGGAGCAGCAGCUGGCCAAGCCCCUCCUGCGCAUCUUCGAGCCCAUCCUGGGCGAGGGCCGUGCCGAGGCUGUGCUACUGCGGGGGGACCACACGCGCUGCAAGACGGUGCUCACAGGCAAGGUGGGCGGCCUCCUGGCCUUCGCCAAACGCCGCAACUGCUGCAUCGGCUGCCGCACAGUACUCAGCCACCAGGGAGCCGUGUGUGAGUUCUGCCAGCCCCGGGAGUCUGAACUGUAUCAGAAGGAGGUAUCCCAUCUGAAUGCCCUGGAGGAGCGCUUCUCGCGCCUCUGGACGCAGUGCCAGCGCUGCCAGGGCAGCCUGCACGAGGAUGUCAUCUGCACCAGCCGGGACUGCCCCAUCUUCUACAUGCGCAAGAAGGUGCGGAAGGACCUGGAAGACCAGGAGCAGCUCCUGCGGCGCUUCGGGCCCCCUGGCCCUGAGGCCUGGUGACCUUGCAAGCAUCCCAUGGGGCGGGGGCGGGACCAGGGAGAAUUAAUAAAGUUCUGGACUUUUGCUA